AAGCGUAAAGCAGCUCAUCCUUAUCCCCAGAAGGCACCAAAAAAUGUUUUAGUACCAUUGCAAGCCUCUAUGGGUUACCCUUCUUCAAUGAAUUCCCUUCCACCUGGAUAUCCAUCAUGGGAUGACACUUCUGUACUCUUAAAUUCUCCAUCUGGUGGAGCUAUGCCAUCACAUGAUGAAUACCAUCUUCAAAGAAUUCAGGCUGAUAUUGGAUCAAAGGGAGCUACAUUGAUUAGUAACAGCAGCAUCAGUGGCAUUAGAAGUUUCAGCAGAACAGCGCCGAGUUCUGAACAACCAGAGCAGAGCAAACUAGGUUCUGUUCCUCAUGGCAUACCCGACUUUGCAGAAGUCUAUAGCUUUAUUGGGAGUGUCUUUGACCCAGACACUAAAGGUCAUGUA